AUGAACUCCUUCCGCGUCGCCAGAGCAGCUCUGCGAGCUCGUCCCGCAGCUUUCCGUGUCCCUCUGCAGCGAAGAACCUACGCCGAUGCUGCCCCUGACAAGAUCAAGCUGAGCUUGGCUCUCCCCCACCAGUCCAUCUACAAGUCCCAGGAUGUCGUUCAGGUCAACAUCCCCGCCGAGUCCGGAGAGAUGGGUGUCCUCGCCAACCACGUUCCCUCCAUUGAGCAGCUGAAGCCCGGUCUGAUUGAGGUCAUUGAGGACGGUGGCAGCAGCAAGCAGUUCUUCCUUUCCGGUGGAUUCGCCGUUGUCCAGCCCAACUCCGCCAUGAGCAUCAACGCUAUUGAGGGUUACCCCGUUGAGGACUUCAGCGCCGAGGCCGUCAAGUCUCAGAUCGCCGAGGCCCAGAAGAUUGCAAACGGCAGUGGCAGCGAGCAGGACAUUGCUGAGGCCAAGAUUGAGCUGGAGGUAUGCGAGCCCAUGGUCUCUUUGGGAAAACAAGAAUAA